ACUCCCCCACUCCAAGAGCUUCACUCUAGAGGUGGAAAGUGAGCUCGGUGGGUUGGUCGACGUGGCACCAAGGGACCCAACCCCCCCUGUAUUUACCAACAACAGGCGUCUACUUCCCAACACUGUACCGUCCUAACACACGGACUCGCUCAGAGAAAAUCUCUCCUCUACCUCGACAAAUAAAUGCCAAGAGAAACAACACGAGAGCCAGCAGAUAACGUAGCUCUGAAGAAGUGGAGCGAAAGACCAACAGUCGGACAAACACGUAGAGAAAAACCGCAAAAGCGAAAGGAUCGUCGCCGUUGCCUUUCUCAAUGCAUACCCUUUGUGCCCGGGGAACGAUGAAACCAGAGAUCAACGCCGCCGUCGGAUUUCUCUCGAGGUUUCUGCGGGUAAAAGGACACGUAAACGAUCGACAGGUCCAAACAUUCAACCAAAGCUUACAGGACAUUUUGUCAGUUCACUGCAGAUCUCAGCUUCACAGCCAUGAUUGACGUCUGUAGUCAGCAAACAGCAACAGCAAAGCUACACAAGCAAUAUAAGCACCACUGGUUCCCAGACAGGCCAUGCAAGGGUUCAGGUUACAGAUGCAUCCGUAUCAACCACAAGAUGGACCCACUGGUGGGCCAGGCAGGCCAGCGCAUCGGCUUGACCAUCCAGCAACUCUACCUGCUGCUGCCCAGUGAGCUCACACUUUGGGUGGACCCCUUCGAGGUGUCCUACCGUAUCGGCGAGGAUGGCUCCAUCUGUGUCCUGUACGAGUCGCAGCCCUGCCCCGUAGGAAUGCCGUCGAUGGCCACCACCAGUUCCCCCUCAGGAAACAUCGGGUCAGGGGGCCCCAUGGUGGACAGUCACAUCAGCUGCAAGGAGGAACUGAUGGUGCUGGGCAGAUCCAGUCCCUCCAAAGCCUACAAUAUGAUGACUGUGUCCAGUUAAAGAGGCACGCCGUCACCCCAGCCUGCUUUUGUUCAGGGUCACACCGUGGCUGGUUGGGUCAUAUGACCAGAUCAGGGUGUGCCUUUGGAAGCUAAGAAUAUGAAAUGAAAUAGUGAAAGAAGAAAAGAAAAAAG